CCCUGGCCUGGCCUUCCGAAGCCAAGGGAGUCUCCGCGGAGGGACGGAGCGAACGAGGUUGGGGUGGGCAGGGCCGGGCCGGGUCGGGCGGGGCUCGGUUUGGCUGGGCUGGAUUUGUUGUGUUGGGUUCGAGGCUGUGUCGGAUUCUGACUGUUGAUUGCGGGAGGAGUGAGUAGAAAGAACAAGGAAGAUGGUGGCACGCUUGUGAAUGUCGAUAGUCUCGGACUGCUGAUCGACUCGCCCGAGGAUUGGCCUCGUGCAUUACCCGCCCGCGGCCCCGCCCCCGCCCUCAGCCGUUCGGGUCGUAACGAAGGGUGCUUCCAAGACAGGUGUGGCGCUGGUCCCCGGGGAGGGUCAAUUUGCGAUCUCCUUCCGCUGAGGGAAGGGAUCUUUGAGUCGGAGCCCCGAAAAACAAAAAGUAGCGCAUCGUUCCCUUGCCCCGGCUGGAAGGGAUCAUCAUCUUGGAGCGCUGGAGCGACGAGCUUGCUGUUUGGAAGCGGACAGGUUGGCUGCGUAGGUCAUUCCUGGUUGGGAGUUUUACAUGGUUGGAAAAUCUUUUAUGUCGACAACUAUCCUUCCCUGCUAGAGUGGGUCAGGGAGCAGUCAUCGGAUUCGUGUUCUGAGAUGGCAGGAGCCGCUGCAACCUCUCAACCAGCUUGCUUGCAAGGACUUGCUGUGCAUUCUCGUGUACCCACAUCCCUCGGCAGGGCGCCAUGUCGGGUGUUUUUCCAGUACAUUGAGACACCAGGCCAAAGGCGCAUGUCGUCGUCCACCGGAUUGGACGUUGUGAGAUGUUCGACGUCCAGCACCACCGAGGAGACCAAUGCUGCACGAAAUUCCUCAGCUCGAACUACUCGGAGGGUCGUCGGAAGAGGUUCAAAAUUAAUAGGUUCUGGAUCGGCAGUUCCAAAGCAUGUCAUAUCGAAUGAUGAACUUUCGAAGUUUGUGGAAACCAGUGAUGAAUGGAUCAGGGUGCGCACCGGCAUUCAGAGUCGUCGUGUUAUCACAGGGGAUGAGACAGUUACAAGCUUAUCUGUGGAGUCAGCCAGGAAAGCACUUGAAAUGGCAAACGUAAAACCUGAGGAUGUUGACUUGAUCCUGCUCUGUACCUCUACGCCAGAUGAUCUUUUUGGUAGUGCUCCUCAGGUGCAAAAGGAACUCGGAUGCACAAAAGCUCUGGCCUUCGAUUUGACAGCGGCUUGCAGUGGCUUCGUGUUGGGUCUCGUCACUGCGACUCGCUUCAUCAAGGGUGGAGGCUACGAAAAUGUCCUUGUCAUUGGUGCAGAUGCGUUAUCCAGAUACGUAAAUUGGACAGACAGGGGCACUUGCAUCCUGUUUGGGGAUGCAUCGGGUGCCCUACUUCUGCAGGCUGCCGAUGACGAUCAGGAUAGUCUUCUCGGAUUUGACUUGCAUAGCGAUGGAAAUGGAGACAAGCACUUGCAUGUGCGACUAGAUUCGGCCGAGCCGAAGUCUGGAUUACAAAAUGGUGCAACCAAUGGUCACGCAACUCUUCCCUCAAGAGCAAAUUACACAUGCCUUGAAAUGAAUGGAAAGGAAGUUUUCCGCUUUGCCGUGAAGUGUGUUCCAUUGGUUGUCGAAGCUGCUCUUCAAGAAGCAGGUCUCACGGGAAAUAAUCUUGACUGGUUGUUACUUCAUCAGGCUAAUCAGAGGAUCCUGGACUCAGUCUCAGAGCGCUUGAACAUACCAGCAGACAAGGUAAUUAGCAAUUUAGCUAACUACGGGAAUACAAGUGCGGCCUCAAUACCUCUUGCUUUGGACGAAGCCGUUCGAAGUGGACAAGUGCAACCCGGCCACAUUGUGGGCACCGCCGGAUUUGGAGCCGGUCUGACUUGGGGAUCUGCUAUAGUGAGGUGGGGUUAAAGGAUGCUGGUCUCGACAUGAUUACCACCACUUCGAUCACAAGUGGAACACCAGCUUUGAGUUCUGAGGGGCCCAUGUACUGAUGUAUGCUUAAUGAAGAUUUUCCAUGCUUCUUGUGCUGACUCCUGUCUUAAUGAGUGCUCUAAGUACUCCUUAGCAACACUUUUUGUCAGGAUAAGUGAGGUUGUUCUUCAGAGACGACUCUGGAUUCAAUUCGACAAUCAAGGAAAGGGAUAGAGGACUUUGGUCGACAAGAAAAUUACUUACUGCUUAAAAAAGCAGUAGAAGGCAAAAUUGCAUGCCCUUUUUUUAGAAUUUUUUCUUAGGCGAGAUAUACAUUUGCAUUGGGUGCAAAAGCGCAGCUCAUAGUGGCCAUUAAGUCCUGUUCCUAGCACUGUUCACUUGCUAGAUGCUCUAGCGCAAUGUACAUGAGCUUGAACUGGACCUUUUUUCCUCACAGGUUCUGUUGGACUCAUGUGCAUGGGAAAGUUUUAUAGGACGGGGUUGUUAUCCGCAAGCAUGUAUUUCUCUGUAAUCAUAGUUCAUUAAUUGCUGGGCAUCUUUAGAGACGGGGCCUCUUAUUGUUGACCAAGUGCAACUUUGAUUGUAAUUUAGAGUGAUUGCAUUCAUCUGG